UAUCCUUGCGCUUAUCUUAAUAACACCCGCCGCCAUCCCCCUCUGGCCAGUCCUAGAAGUUUGAGCCAAAGCCUGCAGCAUCUGACUGGACAUGUUAGGCAAUCGUCUAUAGGAUUAAAGGCCGAGGACACUCAAUUGGCCGAAUCUCGGGCGGCAAAACAUGGGAGACGAGGGCGUGAGACGCGAACUGUGGGACGGGAAGAUCCCUGUGUGCUUCAAGCUGGACGAGGACGAAGUAACCAUGUCUAUCAGAGGAGACAGAGUAGCUCCACAGCCUUGCUACAUGAUGAUCCCGAGAGUCAGCUACCUACCCCUGGUCUACGAGAAGCUGGACAAGCUGUACUCUCGAGCCGCCGGGAGACAGGUUGAGGACGAGGUAUGGGUCUCGGCUGAAGCCACACCCCUCAAGUGGCACUAUCCCGUGGGUGUCCUGUAUGACCUGUAUGGGAGAGGCCAGAACCUUCCUUGGGAGAUCACAGUCCAUUUCAGAAACUUUCCCGAAGAUAUCCUUCUGCACUGUGAGAGCAAAGAGGCGGUGGAAGCUCACUUCAAGUCAAAACUAAAGGAGGUAUGCCAUAUAAUAAUUGUUGUUUGACUCUACUUUGCACAAUGCAUGUACACACUGACAGAGAGUAUGUUACCAGCAGUUGCUCUUUAAAUGUUGUUAUUCUCUCGUUUAGGCUGACUUUGCAAAGCACAAGUCGGAGAUUAUUCAGAAGCUAACGGCGCAGGAGUUUGGGCAAAUCUGGAAAGGCUUCUCUGAGAAUAACUACGAUGAGUUUUGGGCGGUGAACAAGAAGAUGAUGCUGAGCACUCGAUCGGAACACGAGCCCUUCAGGAGCAUCCCUUUCUGCAUCUACCAGGAUGGGAAGAUAUUAUUCCAGAGGCUCCUCCCACCACACAGGCCAAAGGCUUCUCCCGAUGACCAAAUAGUGGAGAACACUUUGGAAGACAUCAUAAAACUCUACAGUGCAAGCUUUCCUCUAACAGAAGAGCACUGUGUCCUCAUUCACGGGAUCGAGCUCUCAGUUCGGACUCCAAUUCAGUGGCUUAGUGAAAAUUUAUCAUACCCGGACAGUUUUUUACACAUUUGUGUUGUGCAUAAAUGAUAUACAUUGUGUGUAUUAUUAUAGGGUCCUUUCUUUUUUGUGUAAUAGUGUUGAUGCUUUUGAUCUCUUUUGACAACAAUGUUAUGGCAUUCUUAAAAAUCGUUUUGUUUAUUUAUGCCCAAUAAUAGGUAAUCAAAUCCAGUUGUCACACAAAUAAGUUAAUCUUUUUGUUUUGUGGAAUGAAAACACUGGCUGUGGACUACUGUGGAGGUUUAUAGUCUGGUUUUUCAGGGAACGUGCAACCAGAGCGCUUGAUGAUGACAUUGGCAGCAUAGUUUCCAGCGUGGAUGGCCUCCUCAAUACUGGCCCCGAAGACUAGUUGGGAGAGGAGUCCCCCAACCCACGCAUCUCCUGCUCCAUUAGUAUCGAGGAUCUCCUCUUCUGCGACAGGAAGGAUUGGAAAUUCGGUAACCUUGCCGUCUUUACACAGGAGAAUCGGGUCGGGGCCUUGUGUGAAAAUGACCACACGUGGACGGUCUUUUCGCUCUUUCGGGAGAUCGACGGCCUUCUGGAUGAUUUCCUUUAGAUCCUUUGUGUUGUAGCCCAUGGCCUCGGAGAAUGCAGCGCCCUCCGCUUCGUUUCCUAUGAGAAUAUCGAUGUAGGGCAUCACUUGAAGGAGCUGGUCUUUGAAGAACUGGCUGAUAAACGGAGCAGAGAGAUUCAUGACAAACGUUUUUUCGUUCUCCGAGAAAUGUUUCGCGACGGCCAGGAUGGAGUCCAACGAUACUGUGAGAAAGAAACCUGCAAUGUAGCAGGUUCGGGCACGUUCCACCAGCUUCCAGUUCUCCGCUUCUUGCAAGUGGGUCACCUUGUACGAGUUGGCGGCACCCAGGUUUGCCACCAGCGAUCGAACCUUUUCCGUCACGACAACAGCACACGUCCCAGUGGGCUUAUCGACCACCACCAUGUACUGGACCUUCACCCCGUCCUCCGCGGCCGCCUUCUCUAGCUGUUUCCCGUAUUCGUCUCGACCCACGCACCCAAUAUAGCUGGUGGCCAGUUUCC